AUUUCACGGGCAAGCGCGUGCAUCGGAUUGUUUUCCGGUUGUAAACCAUAUUUGGCAUGCGAAACUAUCUUGCAGUACAAAAAUGCGAGUUUGAAGUUUAUAGCUUUAUAUUCAAACCCUUCUUUGGAUUUAGGUCGUGAACUGAACUCUUUUUCACUGUCUGUUUAACAAUAGAAUAGAAAUAUAUAAAUAUGUCGGUGCUCACGCAAGUUUCCAAACCAAAUGAUUUGUGGAACGACAUCUGCAAAGAAUUUCAGUCCAGGCGUCCAUCAUAUGAUGAUGAUGCAGCUUCAGUCUCAACAGACUAUGAAGACUUUGAUCCUGCAAAGCACACUCCUGUCUUCUAUGGCCAAAUGCAUGCCAAAGUAACAGUAGAUUUUGAUGUCGCAGCAGAGGUUGAUCCUGCUAUUAGCCAUCCAUCAUGCAUUGGUUACGCAUUUUGCCAAAAACCAUCCACUACUAAACCACCUCAGUCUCAACCUGCUCCACCAAAAGACACAUGUCCACCACGUGUUUAUUUGGAGCACUAUGUCUUUCCCUACAUUCUUCCUGCACUUGAAGAAACACUUAAAACAGCAAAAGAAGAGAGAUGCUUUCAGAGAAAAUGGGUGAAAUUCAAUGCUCUUGAUUUUAUGUCGGAGUACCUAUACAGGAAGAAUCCAAACUUUACUGGACGUGAAGAGACUAAGUUGAUGGAAAUUCCAUUUGUGAAAGAAUGGCUCAAAGAUAACCCAAGACCACCUUUGCCACUUUCUUUGGUCUGGACAGAGGAUGAAGCUGCUCUGGUUAUUCAAUCACGCUGGCGAGGAUAUCAGGUGCGAAAAACUCCUGAAGUGCAAGAACUGUGGCAGUGGCAGCGAGAAUGGCGAGAGAUCAAUAGAAACAUCCAAAGCUGUGUCAAUGACUUUUGGGAAAGCAAAAUGCCUGAAAAGGGUGACACUACAUCCCCAGAACUAGAAGAAAAAUCAGAAUAAAGUAGAAACAUUGUUGGUGAACCUCUAGCUUCUUUGUUUAGCUGUUACAGAUACAACUUCUCCAUGGUGCUGAUUUCUUAAUCAGCGGCAUACCUGUUCAUUUUUAUGGUGGGGGUUUGGAGAGUUGCAACAUUGUGAAGGUUUUUGUUUUUUUUCCAACAAAGCAGGUAUGUUUCCAAAAAGAUGCACCUCCAAAAUAAGGUCAUGAAAUGAGGAAACCAAAUCAUCAAGAGACUUUACAAUUUAGUCAGGAACAUUACUUGACUAUUUAUCCCACCCACCUCUACUCAUUUAAGAAAAUGCUGGAUAGCACCAACAUUAAAUAACUGCGCACUUUCAGUUUUCAGGAGAAACUUUUAUGCAGCUGGAAUAUUUUCACUGAAUAUUUGAAUGCUUUCUCUGAGUCUUAUUCAAUUUCAGAUGCAUCCCUCUUCUCGUGGUUUUAUGAUUACAAAGUCAAUUUUUGUUUGGGGACUGAACUUUCAAGAAAAAAAAUUGUCAACUUCUAACAUCAACUUAGUUAAUUAUCUAUUUUUAAACAGAUGCUAUUUAUACAUUCUCUCAGGCUCACAAAGUUAAUUUAAUGUGUCAUGAGAAUGAUCAAUGUAGUACAGCACUUUCAAAAAAAUUUUUUUAUAUAUAUAACCAAAAUUAUAUUUAUACACAUUUCAGUAAUGUAAAUUAAAAACAUAUUCAUUGAUCAA